AUGGCUGUUGGAGAUAACUGGUUUUUGGCAGUGGACGUGAAAAGCUCAGCACUCAACGGAAUCUACGGAGGAAUUUAUCAUUCACCUAGCAGCAGUGACACGGAGUUUAUUGACAGCUACGAAGAAUGGCUAAGAAGUGUGUUCGCGGAUGAAAGAAGGAAUGUAUUCGUCGGUGACUUCAACAUUCGAUGGAAUGAACCAGGGUGUUCCAGAGAGCUAAAGAACGUUGCAGAUGCUAUGGGAAUGAGGCAGAUUGUUUUGGAACCAACGCGCGUCGGACCGACAAGCAGCAACAUCAUUGAUCUCGUCUUCACCAACAUGGAGAAUGCAGAAGCACGUGUUGUUGAAGAACUGAAAGUGUCUGACCAUGAGACAAUCAGUAUCGCGAUUGGGAAUGACACAAUCAAUCUUCCGGAGCGAGAGGAAUCGUAUGUAAGCUGGAAGCGGUACUCCAAGGACAAGCUGCAAGAAAUUCUUCGAAAAAACAGGAGCAGUAACAGCAGGAUAGAUGAGACAAUUGGAGAAGCAUCGCGUAACUUCAGCACAAAUCUGGUGUCCGCUGUUGAAAGUUUAGUCGAUGUUCGCUGCUGUAGACGCACAGAAACAAGUGACUGGUACACUGAUCAUCUGAGGGCUAUGAAGAAUGAACGGGACGACGCGUACCGGCAAUAUAGGUGUACAAAAUCUGUUCCAGCGCUGGAGAAGUACAAGCUGUUGAGGAACGCUUACGUCCGGGGUCUGAAACAGGCGAAAAAUCAGUCGGUUGAGGAAGAAAUCAGAAGCUGUCAUGGAGAUUCUAAGAAGCUAUGGAGAUGUUUGAAAUCGCUGAUUCAGCCCGGAGGAAAGCAGCAUGCAGAAAUCGUCUUUGGAACCGGCUGCAGCGAUGCAGAAACAGCAAGGCGUCUAAACAACUUCUUUGUGGACAGCGUAGAAGAGAUUCAUGCGAAGAUUCCGCCUCCAUCAGUAGUUCCAGUAGCAGUGCAGGAAGAGCCAGAAGAGUCGCUGUACGAAUUCCAACAAGUCACCAUGGCCAAACUCAAGGAUACCGUUCGAUCGCUAAAAGACUGUGCUGGUGUCGACAACGUGACAAAGCGUGUUCCGAAAUCAACGCGUCCGGAAGAUCACAGACCCAUCAACAUGUUGCCGCUGUACGAGAAGGUCAUAGAAACGAUUGUGAAAGAGCAGCUGACGGCGUUUGUGGAUCGAGUGGGAGUACUAGUUGAGGAGCAAUCUGGUUUUCGGAGACAUCAUUCUUGCAGUUUUGCAUCGUUGCGGAAUACGUGGUACAGCUUUGAGGUGGCUAAGCAGCCGAGUACAAGUGACAAGGUACAACAGCGCAACAUCGCCCGCUACGGAGGAUACAACCUGUUUAAUCAACUCCCCGACGAAGCUAAGCUCACCAGCAACAUCAACGAGUUCAAGAGGCACUGCAAGACUUUCGUUUUACGAAGACCACUGGAGUAG